CGCGCGCUUUGAGUGAAAAUGGGUUUUUAGCACACCUCUGACGUCAUUCGGUCAGCAUUUUGCCUCUAAUCGUAUGCUUGAAGGCUGAUUUUAAAACAUUAAUAGGUGGAAGACAUCGCUAAAAUCUUCAUUACGACGUCCUCUGGGCACGGUGAUUGUGUUGUCAUGGUUUCUAAGGCAUGAUGGUAUUAGCUAUGAAGGAAUGUAGCCUGGUUUGAUACACCAUCUAUCCGUGCGUCUGUAUCCGCAGUAAAAGCGCACUUGGGGAUGGAGAAAGCGACUGCCUGAAGGCGCGCGAUUACUUCUUAUUUUUACACCGGUUGUACUUGUUCCUGUCUUUACAUACACCGUUAUAAAGGACUUACCGUUUAUCAUGUCUGCCAAGGAGAGACUCAAAGGCAAGAUGACCAAAGACAGCGUUACCUUGCUGCCCUGCUUUUAUUUCGUGGAGCUCCCAAUUCUGAUGUCCUCAGUGGUCAGUUUGUAUUUCCUGGAGUUGACGGACAUUUUUAAGCCUGUGCGAACAGGCUACAGCUGCAAUGACCGCAGUCUCAGCAUGCCUUACAUUGAGCCCACUAAAGAGGCCGUUCCCUUUCUGAUGCUCUUCAGUCUGGCUUUUGCAGGGCCGGCAGCAACGAUUAUGAUUGGGGAAGGAAUCCUAUACUGCUGUCUGGCCAGAAGAAAUCUUGCUAUCAAAACAGAGGCAAACAUAAAUGCCGCCGGCUGCAAUUUCAACUCGUACAUCCGGCGGGCUGUGAGAUUUGUUGGGGUUCAUGUGUUUGGCCUGUGCAUCACAGCACUCAUCACAGACAUUAUCCAGUUGUCCACAGGAUACCACGCCCCUUACUUCCUCACUGUGUGCAAGCCCAAUUACACCAUCCUCAACACUUCCUGUGAUGAGAACUCUUUCAUUGUGGAAGACAUCUGCUCUGGGCCUGAUCCAGCCGCCAUCAACACUGGCAGGAAGUCCUUCCCGUCUCAGCAUGCCACUCUGGCUGCCUUCUCGGCUGUGUACAUCUCCAUGUAUUUUAAUGCCACCCUGACUGACUCCUCUAAGCUCCUGAAGCCGCUCUUGGUUUUCUCCUUUAUCAUCUGUGGCAUUAUCUGCGGCCUGACUCGCAUCAUUCAGUUCAAGAACCAUGCGGUGGAUGUUUACUGUGGCUUUCUCAUUGGUGGGGGCAUAGCUGUCUACCUGGGUCUGUAUGCAGUCGGGAACUUCAAAACCAGUGAAGACACAUCUCUAAAACCGCAGCAUCCACGUCCAAAUCAACACCAGAACCAACAUCAGCAUCAGCGUCAACCGCAACAACCACAACCUCCACCACAGCCCCAGCCGGUUGUGCCUCUGCCUGCCAUGCGGGAGCCUCUGAGACCCCUACCCAACCUGAAUACAGAUCCACCACGCUUACUACCACCUAAGAGCCUUAGCAUGAGGGAACGUCCCACCUCUGCACGCUCAGAGAGCAUCCUGCUUCGCGGACCAUCCCGAGACAGCUCCAUGUCCUUGAAGAGGUCAAGCACAGAGGUGGAGUGCAUCACGCCACCCAGCCCGCUCUGCAAAGAAAGCUUUGUGACGUUUAGCAACACACUGCCUCGCGUGCACUCGACAGGGGUCGAAGAACCCGUACCUCGCCGACACGCUGCCAUCCACACUUCCAUGGACUCCACGCGUUCCAAGCAGUUGCUCUCGCAGUGGAAAACCAAGAACGAGAGCCGCAAGAUGUCACUGCAAGUGAUGGAGGGGGAAGCCAGGCACUCGCCUCAACGCAACAUGGAACUCCGUUGCAGUUCAGAGCCCUCCGCCGUGGGCUUGGAUGGCGAGUUCCGCUGUGGGCCUCCCACGCAGUACAUGAAACUUGCCGCCAGCUCUGUGCCGUUAGCCAAUCAUAACAAUACAGGUGGCCUACCGGGUGGAGCCAGGGUAUCUAUCCAAUCACGGCCCGGCUCCUCUCAACUGGUGCACAUCCCUGAGGAGACUCAAGAGAACGUGUGCUUCUCCCCUCAGGAGGAUGGUGGGGAGGUGAAUGAUUGUAUGGGUGGGAAUGCCCGCGCUAAAUGGCUAAAGGUGGCAGAGAAAAGUUCCGCUUGCAGGAGUAACAGCCAGCCACGUAUCAUGCAGGUCAUCGCUAUGUCCAAGCAGCAGGGUAUGCUGCACGGUAGUCCUAAAAGCGAGGCCAGUACGGUCAGCUGUACUGGCUCCAUCCGCUACAAAGCCUUGAUGGAUCAGGAGCCUAAUGCGGGCAUCGUUCGAGUAGAAGCCCACCCUGAGAACAGGCCUGUGGUUAAACCGCCCUCCACAGAUGGCAGCGGCUCCUGGAGGUGGAAGCCGCAGGAGCGCGGAAGCAUCCGACAGUCCCUCGAGCUCAAUGACCUCAACCGUGACUCUGAGAGUUGUGAGUCAUUGAAAGAUGGCUACAGCUCCAUCGAUGGCAAUCGGAGCCUACCUGACAUGACCAACCCGCAUCACCCGCAUUUCCACCAUCACUACCACCAACAGAGUAUCACCACCAUCCGUGUCACACCAGUGGAAGGAAGCAGCGAAGCCACCUCUGAGACGCUCUCCACCACCUCCAGUCGAGACUCCACUCUACGCAGGAAAGGCAACAUCAUCCUGCUGCCCGACAGAGGACCAAGUCCUGACAACACCAGGAACCUGCCUCACUUUUUCAAACCUUCUCCUACACCUCCUCCCAUUUUGACUUUCAAAGAGUGAAGAAAAUCUCUUUCCCGACCGUUCCCAAGAGUUGCCUUGCUCUCUGAACUUUGAAGACUUUCUUUAAAGCUUUGUAGGACAUUGAGUAGAGCCAGUCAUUCUGAAUAUCUACAUUCCCUGAAUUUGACACACUUAUACUCGCCAAACACCAAUGCUGUGCAUUUGCAGAGCACUCUCAUGGUCUCUUGUUACUACUGCAUUUAAUAAGCACAAAAUAUGUAAUUCUAGGCUGAAGGUGAUUGUGUAUCAUUUUAAACAGUACUUGCAUUAGCUUUGUUAUCCCGUCCCUCGUUUUAUUUGAAUAUGUCUGUUGUCUCAUGGCAACGUGGGUGCUUACGAAAACAUUUUCAUACCACAACUUUGUAAAUUUAUAUAUAUAUAUUUUCUCAGCAUAACUAUUUGUAUACGCACUAAACCGCUCACAUCUUUUCAUUUCUUAUGGCUGAUAAUUGUUUUCAUUCGCUUGCAAUGGAAAUAUUUAGCCUGGGGUUCGAUCAGCCCUUAGUCGAAUAGGAGAAUGCUAUUGUGAUGGAUGUUUACAGAGAUGUUUUGUUUGGUGGGGUGGAGGCGGGGGCUUGUUUUACCAUUUGCACUGUGUGUUUUGGUGACCAUGAAUGAGCUAUUUCCCUUCAGACAGCUGAAAGCGCUCUUUGCUGGCAUAGAGACAAUACAUUUCUGUAGACUCUUAAAUGCUUUCAACAUUAUAAUGCAGAGAACAAUACAUUGUUAAGACAUUAAUGUCGUAAUGCCUUUUUGUAUUAUCCGAUGAGUAGUGUUUUACUUAUAGCUAUUGAUUUGCAAGCCCCUGUACGUUUUAUUGAGCACAGUUAUGAUUGUGUUUUAUGGCUUAUUGCUGUAUAUAUACAGCAAUGUAUUGUGAAUCUUUUCCCCCCAUUUAGCCUGACAGGAUAGGGUUACGCAACCACUGAGGUACGUCCUCCUCUUCAUUUGUAAGCGUGUAGGCAUAAACAAAUGACUUAUACUCCAAACCACUGCACUUUGCAGAGAAUUUCACAAUAUAAGAGCAAUAUGAGCCCCCCAAAGUACUAUUGGGAAUUCAUUGCUUAUUUUUUUAAACGUCUAAAAGAUAGUAUUCAUAUUCAUAGAGUGCCUAAAAAAAUUAUAAUAUAGCUUUAGAUAGUGAUUAAUUACAUGUAUUUUGCAGAAACUGUGCAAAACAAAUAAUACAGUUGUUGCUGUAUUAUGGUGCAGAAUUGAUAGUUGUCUUGGAGGGUGUACUUAUUUUAAAGGGAUAGUACACCCAAAAAAGAAAAAUCUGUUAUCAUUUAACUUAUUUUCUUCAGCAGAACAAAAGAUAUUUUGGAGAAUGUUAGUAACCGAACAACGUAUCUAUUGACUUGCAUUAGUUUUGUGACCAUAAGUGAAUGGGUACCAUUCAUUAAAAUGACAAGAGGGUGAGUAAAUGAUGACAGAAUUUUCUUUUUUGAAAAUCACUUUAAAUAAGCAUCGACUGACUCUGGCAGUGCCUCUGCAUGACAAGCGCUGCAUAAACUAAGAUGUUUAAAUAAAAUACCCAGAAUAAACAAUGUUAGGAUUUGUCGUGUGAAAUGUAUUUCCAAACAGUUUUAAACUGUAUUUGUAUUUCUAGCACAUUGUUUACAUCCUUGCUAGGAUCAUCUUGUAAUAUUACCAUAAAGAUUGCCAAAUAUGAAUGUAUAUUUAACAAAGUAAUGGGUACGUUUAGCUUAUUCAUGUACAGUACCAUUUAUAUGACGCUUUUCUUUUGAAUUAAACCGUUUUUUGUUGAUUAUAUAUUUGAUGUGUGAAUCAGAACCAACAGUUUUAUAUAUGCUUGUACAGUAUAAUUGUACCACACGUUAUGGCUUUACAGUCCUUACAUAUGCAUGGUGAUUUACUACUGUAACUAAGAAAUUUGUUUUUCUUUUCUUUUGUAAAUGAUAUCUUUAAUAGUGAUGGGUGGUACAGUACCUUGGUUUAUACUCAGAAUCAUUCUGUUGAAUCAACUGAAUUAUCAUGAAAACUUUGUACCCUGUAAAUAGGUGUUUGUAACUUUGCCAGCAAACUUGUGUGAUAGUUUCAUUCAAGGAAGAAGUAUACUGUUUAGAUAUGUGAGUGUCACAAAGAUACUCGCUUUGUUAGUGCUUUUGUUCAGAGAAAUGGCUUUUUGAUUGAACAUUUCAAACAUAUUGACAGAUAUUUGGAAGUUGCGCCUUUGUGGGGUUUUAAUUAGCAGUGUAUUUUGACUGAGGAUGAAAUGUCUUAAUAUAUAUUGAAAUAAAUGUUUGGUAUGAGAGCCAAAACAAGCAUUCCACACUGUCUUCUUACAUGGUGUCUUAGAAGAUCAAAAAUGCACUGUUUUGCUUUUACAAAUAAUUCCACACAAUGUUAAAAACUGCGAUCCACUGUGAUACCUUGCAUUUACUAUUACCUUGCGUUAUGCCCCUUGGCACAGUUUUACACUGGGUACAUAACGUUUUGGAUAAAAUACAAACCUCCAGGAAAUCAAGUCAAAAGCAGGGAAAAUGGGUCUGGUUAACAUUGCUGAAUCCAAUCAGUGGGAUUUAAGUAGGUCAGAAAGCUGACCUAAAUCGAGGAAGAGAUUCUUAUGUUCCUUCAUCUCACAGCCUCCCCUGAAGAGCAAAGGCAGUGUGUUGAAAGUGGAGACUAAGAGGCCAGUAGUGAAUGAAUAGGCUUGUAAUGUACAGAGACAAUAGUAACGAAGAAACCAAAGCAGAUAAAAUACUGAUUGACAGUGCUGCAACUAGACACCUCUAUAUGGAGGCAUCAAUUGCUUUCAAGCAUGGUCUUGUGUACAUUAUGUUAUUGACUCCACCAUAAAGGCAAGAGCCAUUUCUCAGUAGGAACUGUAACAUUAGCAUUUAAAUAUCUUAUCUGGCUAAUACAAAAAAAUACAGAGCAUUUGUUCAACAAAGUAAGUCAUGUCAUUUCUUGAUGUCCUUUCUUCCAUGAAUCUGUCACUUCAAACUUAUCUGACAAAGUGAACCACACAUUGUGUUUAUUAUGCUUGUGUGAUCAGCAAGUAAGUUGGCAGAGAAUAACAUAUCAUACAAAGCAUGCAUCCACACACAUUAUUUGACAAAGUGGGUGAGGAACCUAGUUUUGUCACAUUUACAACAGACAGUCUAUAGUUCUCAGACAGCUUUUUAUUGCUCCAGUAAAUGUUUAUAGGAUUUUGAUAUGGCCCACUAUUUCCUGUUAUCUUUUUGACUGUCUUGCAUUUCAAAGACUAUGGAUGGGCUUUUUUUGGUAGUAGAAAUGAUAAGACAUUUGGAUAUGGUAUUACCUUCAAGUCCAGUGUCUGUUGAAUUUCAACAGAAACAAACCUGGAGUGACAAAGUCAUCCAACAGCAAUGUGAAAGACUGAGAGAAUGCAAAGAAAGUUGUGAAAAAAAUCAGGCUUUUCUUCAUUAUAUACUUAUUUUUGAACUGAUCCUAAAAUAGCCUACAUGUAAAACAUUAGUAUUGUGUUGUUUAAACAUGAAUAUGAACUUGUUUUCUUUGCAUUAUUCAUAUCUACAAACGUUUCGUCUUU